CUACAGGAGAUGACCAGAGACUGCGGAUACUACAGGAGAUGACCAGAGACUGCGGAUAUACUACAGGAGAUGACCAGAGACUGCGGACACUGCGGAUGGAGAUGACCAUAGACUGCGGACAUAGUACAGGAGAUGACCAGAGACUGCGGACAUAGUACAGGAGAUGACCAGAGACUGCGGACAUAGUACAGGAGAUGACCAGAGACUGCGGACAGUACAGGAGAUGACAGGAGAUGACAGGAGAGACUGCGGACACAGUACAGGAGAUGACCAGAGACUGUGGAUACAGUACAGGAGAUGACCAGAGACUGCAGAC